UCUCCUUCUUUAAAGUUUAAACACCACCAGCGGAAGUGCGGAGUCCCGUUAAAUUUGGGAAACAAAUUAUAACGAUACCGCUCCGCUUCGACGAAAACGAUAGUAGUUUCAGGGUUUCACUGUUUCGAAAAGUUGGUUCCUUUUCUUAACAAAUACACAAAACUCAAAACAAAAACCCCCCAGAAAAAUAAAACACAAAACCAAAAACCAAAAUUUAAACCCAAGCCUUUUUCCCUUGUAUCCACAUUCUAUGUUCUUAAAACCAGAACUUUUCUUCUUUGAUCCUCGCUCAUCACCGCCCAGCAAUCUUGCAUUUCUCGUCUCAAGGUUUGAAAUUUUUUCCGGUGAGCGGGGUGAGGUGGGGAAUUUAUAUUUUUCAGGAGUGUGACUGAAAAAAAACUCCGGCGACUGGGGGCAGCCGGCAAAUGGUUUCUUUGUCUUGGGGUUGAAGAUGAGUCAGGUUCGAGUUGAUGACGAGUUGAAAUCGUCGAAGGCUGCCUUUUUCGUGGAGAGACUGAGACCGUGUGAUGUUUUUUUACUCAUCACGAAAAUUCCUCUUAUGCUCUGUCUCGUCACGUCAAUUGGUUUCGUUCUCUACGCGGCCUUUUCAACUCAGUCUCGGGCGAUCCGUUUCAACUUACCCAAACCAAAACCCAUUUCAUUGCCACCAGACCCAACACCGACCAACAUCUCCCACAUCUUAUUUGGUAUCAGCGGCUCCGCCGCCACGUGGCACCAUAGAGCUCAUUACACCAGCCUCUGGUGGGACCCGGACAAGACACGCGGAUACGCCUGGUUGGAUGAGAAACCCGGGCAAAACACCAGCAGUAAAAACAAAACCCUGCCUGAAAAUUCUUUGCCGUAUAAGGUGUCGGACGCGGGAUGGACCCGGUUCGGGUACUCAAGCUCCAGACCUGCGGUUCGGAUCGCCCGGAUAAUAUGGGAUGGCUUUAAGCUGAACUUGCCUAACGUGCGAUGGUUCGUAAUGGGAGAUGAUGAUACGGUGUUUUUCACUGAAAACUUAGUUUCGGUGUUAACGAAGUAUGAUCAUAAUCAGAUGUGGUACAUCGGUUGUAAUAGUGAAAGUGUUGAACAAAAUGUGAUGCACUCGUUCAACAUGGCAUUCGGUGGCGGUGGAUUUGCGGUCAGUUAUCCGUUAGCGGAGAAACUGGUCAAUGCAUUGGACGGUUGUCUUGAGAGAUACUAUUAUUUCUACGGUUCCGAUCAGAGGAUCUGGGCUUGCAUUAGCGAGAUUGGCGUCACUUUAACACCGGAACGCGGGUUCCACCAGCUAGAUAUUAGAGAGGACCCAUAUGGCCUUCUGGCAGCCCAUCCGAUAGCGCCACUUGUAUCACUUCAUCACAUUGAUUACUUGAAUUCUCUGUUCCCGAACCGAACCCAAAUAGAGUCCUUGGAGACUCUCAUUCAUGCAUAUAGGAUCGACCCGAACCGGAUCCUGCAACAAAGUUUCGGAUAUGACGGCAAGCGAAGAUGGUGCAUAUCCAUCUCAUGGGGCUACACCAUUCAAAUAUAUCCGUUUUUAGUAUCCGCAAACAACUUGGCCAUGCCCCUGCAGACUUUCAAGACAUGGCGGAGUUGGAGCAACGGACCGUUUGUAUUCAACACACGAUCCCUGAGUCCUGACCCGUGCCAUAACCCGGUCGUUUAUUUCCUGAACCGGGCUGAGAAAGUGGGCAAGACGGGGACCCGAACCACAUAUAUCGGGCCAGUCCCCAAGUUUGGGCAUUGUAAGAACGGAGAAUAUGCCAAGGCCUCGACACUCAAAAGAAUUAUCGUCUCUUCAAUGAAGAUGGAUCCAGAGUAUUGGCACAAGGCACCACAGAGACAGUGCUUUGAAAUUUUGGAUGGUGGAAGAAUGAGGGGUGAAAUUUUGCGGAUCAGGAUUAGAAAGUGCAGGCCGAAGGAGAUUAUGGCUGUUUAGAUUAAUUAGAUUAAUUAAAUGGCUAGAUUAGCAUUCUGACAUUUCCUUCCUUGUAAUUAUACCGUUCUACGGAAAUAAAGUUCAGGAUUUUA